CAGUUUACCAAGGUGACAGUGCAUCUGAUGCAACAAGCCAUGUUGCACACUCGCACUCUGCAUCCUCUCAACUCACGCAAGGAUGUGAUGAAGGCUUGAUGGUGCUUGCACAGGUUGCCACAAGUUUUGAUGAACGCUCAGCUCAGGCCAGCCUACCUACCCCUGGUUUGUCUGGCUUAGGUGCUGGUCUCUACAGUCAGACUACGUUUGAACAGGUGCACAUUAUUUCCUUCUGUGUUGCACUUUUCCUACACCUUUGUAGUACUUCAAGUAGGCAGUUUAGGCCAUACAGCUGAUUACAAUAAGCACUCUUGUUUUCAGGCUGCCAUGGAUUUGGAAUAUGAAACUGCAGUCCAGACCAACCUGUCUGAGCCCGGUCCAUCUGGCCUAAGUACCAGUGUUCCUAUUGAGCCACAACUUGCGCAGGCUGCAAUGGAUACUGGAGACAACAGUCAAGUACAGGAGAGCCUCUAUGUCACCGACCCAUCCAGCCUAGCUGCUGUUCUUCAAUUGGAGGUGACACCAGUGCAGGCUGCCAUGGAUUUGGAAUAUGAAACUGCAGUCCAGACCAGCCUGUCUGAGCCCGGUCCAUCUGGCCUAAGUACCAGUGUUCCUAUUGAGCCACAACUUGCGCAGGCUGCAAUGGAUACUGGAGACAACAGUCAAGUACAGGAGAGCCUCUAUGUCACCGACCCAUCCAGCCUAGCUGCUGUUCUUCAAUUGGAGGUGACACCUGUGCAGGGUCAGUAG